CGCGGCGGCCCGGGCGCUGGAUGCGGGGGCAGCCGUGAUGGCCCCGCGCGCGGGACAGCCGGAGCACUGGGGCCCGCUGCUGCCGGGGCUGCUGCUCGUGGCGGCGGCGCUGAGCCGACCCGCCGCGCCCUGUCCCUUCCAGUGCUACUGCUUCGGCGGCCCCAAGCUGAUGUUGCGCUGCGCGUCGGGCGCCGAGCUCCGGCAGCCGCCGCGGGACGUGCCACCCGACGCGCGCAACCUCACCAUCGUGGGCGCCAACCUGACUGUGCUGCGCGCGGCCGCCUUCGCCGGCGGGGACGCGGACGGGGAGAAGGCGGAGGCGGAGGCGGCGGGCGGCGUGCGCCUGCCGCUCCUGACCGCUCUGCGCCUCACGCACAACAACAUCGAGAUGGUGGAGGACGGCGCCUUCGACGGGCUGCCCAGCCUGGCGGCGCUCGACCUGAGCCACAACCCGCUGCGCGCCCUGGGCGGCGACGCCUUCCGCGGGCUGCCCGCGCUGCGCUCGCUGCAGCUUAACCACGCGCUGGCGCGGGGCGGCCCCGCGCUGUUGGCCGCGCUGGACGCCGCGCUCGCCCCGCUCGACGAGCUGCGCCUCCUGGGCCUGUCGGGCAACGCGCUUAGCCGCUUGCCGUCCGCCGCGCUGCGCCGGCCGCGCCUGGAGCAGCUGGACGCGCGCCUCAACGCGUUGGCCGGCCUGGGCCCCGACGAGCUGCGCGCGCUCGAGCGCGAUGGCGACCUCCCCGCGCCGCGCCUGCUGCUCGCCGACAACCCCCUGCGUUGCGGCUGCGCUGCGCGCCCCCUGCUGGCCUGGCUGCGCAACGCCACGGAGCGCGUACCCGACGCGCGGCGCCUGCGCUGCGCCUCCCCGCGGGCGCUGUACGACCGGCCUUUCCUGGACCUGGACGAGGCGGGGCUGCGCUGCGCCGAAGGCGACGCCGACGGUCGCGGGGAAGAAGUGGAACUUGCCGGCCCAGAGCUGGAAGCCUCCUACGUCUUCUUCGGGCUGGUUCUGGCGCUCAUCGGCCUCAUCUUCCUAAUGGUGCUCUACCUAAACCGCCGUGGCAUCCAGCGCUGGAUGCGCAACUUGCGCGAGGCGUGCCGGGACCAGAUGGAGGGCUACCACUACCGCUACGAGCAGGACGCAGACCCGCGCCGCGCUCCCGCCCCGGCCGCCCCCGCCGGUUCUGGGGCCACUUCCCCCGGUUCGGGCCUCUGAGCUUCGCUUGAUGGGACUUGGGGGCCACCCCUGCCAGCUGAUGACCUGUCCCGAGGCCGUGGGUAUGAGACACCCGCGAGCUUGGGGCUUUGAGACCUACCCCUGACCGAUCUGAGACCUUUGGGUUAUGGCAUCUCCCCCACCUGGAGGGCCCAAGCUGUACCCGCCUCCCCAGCCUCUGAGAGCUGUCACCAUCAAAGACCCAGAGACACUCUCUUCUGAUUCUAGAAACCCCGUCCACCCCUCCCAAGCUCUGACAGCCCUCCUGAACCACCAGAAGCACCCCCCCCCCCUUUCAGCACUCACCCAGAGACCCUGUCCUUCAAUCCGAAGGCCCUGGGACUGCUUCCACUACCCUGUGCUUUGAACCCAGACCUCUCAGCAGGAAACAUCCCCCUAGACUACACUCCAGCUUGCAACCCUCGGCUCCCUUCGAGGGCUUGGGGACCCUCCCAUCCCAUUCUGGUCUCAGAAGCAGAGCAACCCCACCAGAAGGUUUCUGUGGACUUUGAGCCUUUUUUCUCGUUUCGGAGCUCUUAACUCUCCAUCCUGCAUAGAGACCUGCAUCCCAGGAGUCUGAGGGUUGGGCACCCUCCCCCAAUCUGAGGAUGUAUUUCAUACCACCCACCACCCCAGCUCUUGCUCAGGCCCCUCCCUUCCUUGGCCCAGGCUUGGGGUUCAGCUCUUCUCUGUCUCUCCCAUCCCAGGGACGGGCACACCCCUUUAUAGCCUUCGCGUGGAGCUGAUCCUCAGCCUUCCCCACUUUUGGCUCUGAUACCCUAAUACUCAGUCCUUGUCCCCAAUCUCAAACUCUCAGCUCUUCACCCCGAUCUGAGUUUCUUCCCCCCAAGCCCAAGUCUUAAGCUCUCAAUUCCUCCUACAUCCAUCGCUUGCACUCAGAACCCACACUGCCACUCACUGGGUCAGGGUCCAGUGAGGAAUCCAUCCCUGGGAUAUGCCCAGCCCCCUUUCCUCUUAGGAUGAGCUCUCUAGCCCUGCAAAACAGGCGCAGAUGCGAAGCACCCCGCAGCCAUACUAGCAGAUCCCCAUGGGAGAUCCUGGAGGAGAGAGUCCUGGGGGUGCAAAGUAGAUGGUCUGGCCUCACAACCAGGGUCACCUGACCAUUGUGCCACAGAGAGGGGUGGGGGAGGGGCUCUGAAGGGCUGGGAGCUGCUGGCCACAUGCUCUU